UACUCCACGGGGCGCGGCUCCGAGGGUGGAGUCCACCGCCACAGCUCUGGGAACUUUUUAAGCCAUCUGCAUACUUGGCACCCCGGCUGCACUAGUAGCUGCGCUUCUUCGUCUCCUGCUCCUCCUGCGGGCCUGCGCUUUCUGGAAACGGACCGAGUCGCCCAGUCGGGAAGAUGAUGACUCGGGAACCGCUGCGGUCGGCGACGGCCACCGGGAGCGCGGAGGACACCUCGCUCGCGGUGCCUUCAGACAACAAGCGGGGCUCGAGACAGCAGCGCGUGCUGGAGCAGGUUCACUCCAUCAAGAGGAGCAAGUCCAAACAGGGAAGGAACGGCACCAUGUCUUCCUCUCCAACAAGCCCAAAUCCUCAGAUGGGGACAGUAGAUGGCGAGUUUCGAUCGUUCAAAUUCUCUCCAUUCAAAGCGAAUGGCACCUUCAGCCGCACCACCUCCACUAUGACAACAGCAAACGGCAAAUCGGCAACCAGUAAGAAGUUUCGUUCUCAAUCCACUAAAGUCCCUUCAGGCAAAUAUCGGACUUCUGGCACAGAGGACUGGCAAAUGAACAACUGGCGUCAAAGCUCCAAUGGCCUGAAACCCAGUCGCAGUGACCCAAACUUGGUUUUUCCCUUUUCACCUGGCCAGGCAUCUAUCAUGAGACCCAAAGGACAGAUGGUCCAGAACCAAAACACCCUUCAAACUCGAGUAAAUAGAUACAGCGUUUCGUCCGCGACCAAUGGCAAACCGAUGACCAACAGCCAGACGCGUUUUGUCCGAUCACUGUCUGCCAACUCUCAAAACGACAGCAAGAUGGGCACAGUGAAAACAUCCAAACUAGAGCAGAAAUCAGCGGUAAGCACAGCAAUGAGUUUCACGGACCUGACUCUGAACGAGGCUGUGGAGUACCUGUCCUCCGCUGACGAAAAUUACCAGCGGCGUGGAGCCACCUUCAUCCAAUACGCCUCCUUCAACGAGGAGAGCGUCAAACCAGAGGUCCUAAAACUAAAUGGUAUCGGUCCUCUGGUGACCCUGCUGGAAAGCGCCAACCCAAGCGUGAGCCAGGCUGCAGCUGGGGCUCUGAGGAACCUGGUGUUUAAGGACAGAAACAACAAGCUGAAGGUUCAGCACUUUGGUGGCAUAGCCAAGGCCCUGCGGCUGCUGAAGGAGACAAAUUCUACUGAGACCCAGAAACAAAUCGCUGGCCUGCUGUGGAAUUUGUCCUCUGCCAAUGAACUGAAGCAAGAACUUAUGAGUACUGCACUACCCGCUCUGACUGAGAACGUGAUUGUCCCGUUCACCAGCUGGUCGGACAGCACCGCCACAAGCCACAUAGACCCAGCGGUCUUCUACUGUUCUACAGGAUGCCUGCGGAACCUGAGCUCUGGUCAGCAAAGUGACAGGCAGACGAUGAGAAAAAUCCCUGGCCUCAUCGACUCCCUCAUGAGUUACGUCCAGUCCUGUGUUGCGGAGGAUAACCCUGAUGACAAGUCUGUGGAGAACUGUGCAUGCAUCCUUCAGAAUUUGUCCUACCAGCUGGAGGAGAUGUUGCCCGACAGUUUCAAGGACUAUCAACCUCACAGAGGGGACAGUAACGACAGCAAGAAAAGUCCAGUCGGAUGCUUCAGCCCCAGGAGCAGCAAGGCUCAAAAUGAGUUUCCCUUUGACGUAUCUCGAGGUAUGCUAGAGGACCGUGCCCCGUCAGGAGUGAGGUGGUUGUGUCAUCCCAGAGCUUUGUCGGCCUACAUGUCCCUGCUUGGCUCGUCCCAGAAGGAUACCACCUUAGAGGCCUGUAGUGGUGCUCUGCAGAAUCUCACGGCCAGCAAGAAAGUGGGUUCCCAAGUUGUGAGCCAGGUCCUAGUCCAUAAGCUCGAUGCUUUGUUUACCUUGGCCGUUUUGAUGAAGUCGACCAACCCGACCCUCCAGAAGAAUGUCAUGUGCCUGUUGAGUAAUAUGUCUCAGACCAGCAGUUUGCAGACCACCAUGGCAAAGCAGAUUUUACCUGAGCUCACCGGCCUCCUCUCCCUCGGCGCCUCUCACAUGGGAAAAAAUGAUGACACUAUGGCAGCAGCGAACAACGUAGCACGGAGACUGAUAAUGGCAGACACUGAGUUCGGCAAGAAGCACAUCAGUAGCGAAAUGAUCAAUUCAGUGUCUAAUUUCAGCGAAGAAGACGAUGGGACUUUUCCCAAAGCCAAGAAAGCUGCCUCGGUGCUGCUGUUCAGCUUGUGGAAUGGAAAGAAUUUGCAAAGCCAUCUGAAAAAGCUGGGCCUCGGGAGAACAGACUUUAUCAAGAACUUGACCACAGAUGUCGACUAGUUUGACUAGUGAACGUGAGCGGAAUGGCAAAAUGCAGCCUGUUAUGUGGGAAUUACUUCUGAAUGCUUUCAGAGGCAUUUAUUCAGAUUCAGGUUUAGAAUCAGAACGAUUAAAGCUUUUUUUUCCUGUGCCUGUCUUUUCUCUCUCUUUUUCUCCAUGCGCUCAUGUCUGUGCUUGCAGAUGGAAACCGGCAUGUUUAGACGGUGCUGCCGACACACCCUUGCAGAGGGGGCAGCAAAAUAACAGUCUUCAUUAAUAACAGUUGAAAGAGCUUAGCAAUUAUGAGUCAUUCACACAUUGUAUAUAAUCAAGAGUGCUUUUAAUUUCAUGAAUAACCCCGCGGUAUAUGUAAUUAAUCUGGAUAUGUUUCUCUUUGUCUAUGUAAAUGGGUGCGAGUAUUUUCGAUAGAUCAAGUGUGUGUGGACAGACGGUGUGUUCUGCAGAGAAAUAUUAAAGCAAUUGUUCAGACCAUGGGCUGUAUAAAGAUGGACGCCUCAAAAGUGUAGAACUCCCCCUGGUGACUGGCUGCAGUGUAGGAAAUAAGCUCCACCUCCUAAAUGUUAGUGGGUGGUACUAAAAUACUCAAAUAUACGUGUGAUAUAUAUAUAUAUUAUAUAUAUAUAUAUAUAUAUAUAUUAUAUAUAUAUAUAUAUAUAUAUAUAUAUAUAUAUAUAAAUUUAUAUGUGUGUGUGUGUGUGUAAUUUUUGUUUUUUGUUUUUUCCAAGGAUGGUUUUUGUCAUUUUAGGUAGUUAAUAUAAUGUUGAAGCAUGUUCUAGUGUCAAUCUUUAGUAAAAGUUUCAGUUUUAUUUAUAACGCUAUAAAAACAGGAGUUGUAAAAGACAAAAAAAAAGAGGGGGGAUAAUAAAAAAAAAAAACAAAUACAGUGUAAAAUCCAACAUUUCCUUUUCCAGUAUUAAUUAAACGUGAGUGAGUCUGGCAGAACUGUGGUUGUGUCCUCUGUGCAGACUUUGGCUCCAAAGUUGUGCAAAGUUGGUGCCGCCCGUAUCCCCGUCAGUUUAGCCAAUGCCAGGAAAGAUGGCGAGAUGUCGUCCAUAUUUAUACAGUCUAUGGUUCAGACUCAUGAACGGCAUCGCUGUGAAAUGUGUCUGCCCAAUCUGUCAUAUUGUUGUGGUCUUGCGAACUUUGUACAAGAAGCUAAAAAGGGUGAAAAUGUUAUAUUUGUGACCGGCUGAAUCCAGUGGGUGUACAUAUCUUUUUCAUACUGAAUGUACCAGUCUUAAAGUAAAAUUAAGAAACAAAACAUUUGCAAGUUUCAAUUUAUAAUGUUGAAUGCAGUUUUAAAAAGACAAGCGGAACCUCUGCCCGCCUUAAAAGGGUAAAGGAUGGUUCGACAUUGGAGAAAUGUACAUGUACACGCUUUCUUGUGAGAGCGCGUCACGUCUGCACAUUGAUUAUAACAGUCAGUCAGCCUCACUUUGUUUCUUCCAGAGACAGCACAUCGAUUUCAGUUUGUAUUGGGUUUAUGGGAUGUGUAAACUCACAAUUCGUCUUCUACCCCCGUGCCUUCUUUGUGCAGGUUAAAAAAAAAAAAAAAAAAAAAAAAAGUGUGGUUAGGAGGGUUAGUUAGUUUGGUCCUCUUAUUUCCUAUCUCUGUGCUGCACUGGAAGCGCUACACAUCAACUCAACCCUGACUAGUUUUUGGCUGGAUGGUAUAUAAGCAUAUUUACGAAACUCAAUACUGGACUAUUUGUUUAUACCGCCUCACUGCUUUUUUCUCUCACAUUUCUGUAUGAAAAGACUGCCUUUUGAAAUUAACAAAAUGAAUGUUGCAUUUGUUUUUUCAUUUUUUGUUAUGGUUUGAUUUGUAAACAGAGAAAGUGGAUAUAAAGAAAGACUGGAACAACAUCUGGAGGCACAUGAGAUCACAUUGACUACACCCUGAAACAGAAGUCAUGAGUCAUGUGUGCACCAGCCCAGGCUUUUUUUCUUUUUCUUUUUUAUUUUUUUUUUUUUUUAAAAAAAGCUAGUAUUCUUGCUGUUAUUCAUUUUAAGCUUUAAGGGGGCUUUACAGGGUAUUUGCUCUCAUAACCAAACUGCAGCCUUGUUCUUUCAAAACAGGUUUUAAAUUUUCAGACCACUAAAAUAUUCCUGCCUUGCAAUGACUUGGUUGGCAACUGUGGAGACUUGCCAGGGACACACGGUAUGAGGCAGGUGCGACUGCUUUUAUGCUUGUGACAUAGCUGUGCUGAGGUUCCUUUGCCUUGCGGGGAGGAUCAGUGUCAGUAUUGCAUUUGAUGUAUUUCUAGGUAAAUGUGUCUGUUUGUGGCGGUUAAUUGGGAGUAUUCCAUGGCGCUGAGUCUGUACAUAGAAUAAAUAACAUAUUUGCAGACAA